AUGAUGGAUAUUACUGCGUUGUGCGGAAACUAUCGGUUGUGUGAGAUUGACGGAAAGACGUGCUCCGAGGAAGUGUUUAUUGCUCUAGAGGCGUCUGGUGGUGGUGUUGAGGUUGUUGCCAUGGUGGGCAACACCCUGUGCGGGCGCGCUUGUGUGAAUGGGGACAGGAUUAGUGCGAACCUUACUAGCACUAUGAGGCAGGUGGAAGAAGAGAUGAUGAGGAUUGAAAGCCUGCUGACAUGCGGGUUCAAGGCCGGGUUUACCUGUGAGCAGAGUGACAUCAUACUGACGCUGACUGGAGAGCAGAGUGUCUUCACAUUGGAGCGUGAUGUAUUAUGUGAUAUAAAGUUUGGUGAGUAUACCCUCUGUGAGUUCAAUGGGGAACCCGUGGCUUCGGACGAGAUGGUGCUCACCCUGCUCCCCGCUGUGGUAGAUGGUGCCCUUGUGAUUGCACAGUUCAAAAACUCUCUCCGCGGGGAGCUGGAGCUUCGCAAUGGUCGUCUCCGCGGCGUUAUUGCGUCGACGAUGUGCGAGGUGGAUGGUUCUUUGAAGUGCGCGGAGGAAGCGUUUUUGUCAGCUACCAGGGGUGAUGGCAUAAAAGUGUGCUCUGACGACCACCGGCUUGUGCUUAAGGACGACCACAAUGCGUUCGUUUAUGUGCUGCGUCCAGCAAUUCCAGAGAACCUUGUGAGCGAGUACUUACUGAAGAGCUUCAAUGGCGAGUCUGUAGAGGCUGAGAGGCGUGUGAUGUUCCGCUUUUCCCAAUCAGCUGACGGUGUCGGUACGGAUGUUGUGGCGAGUGUUGCCAAUACGAUCAGGGGGAAGGUAAGAGUGGAUGACGGAAAGUUAAAAUCGAAGGUGAUGUCAUCACGAAGGAAAGGGAAUGAGUCGGAGAUGCGAUUUGAGAAUGCUCUGAAGGAAGGGUUCAAGGCUGGGUUUUCGUGGUCUCUGGACGACACGGUGCUGACUCUUGAGUGCGACGGGAACCGCCUCAUCUUCGUGAAAGUUGCCGCUGUGCCGUGCGAAAAUGGUAGGCCGGGGUAUAUUGGUGAUAAGGUUUCAAGAUGCUUUAAGGCCCACGACGAUGCUCGAGUGUACCGUAUCAUCAACACUGUGGAAUCGAAGUGGGCAUUUUACAAUGACACGACCGAAUACAAUUUUAAUGUGUCAGUGACUUUUGGGCGGAAAUCAAAGGUACGCGGUCUGGCCAACACGUCAAUUGAGACAAAUGAGGAAGGCUUGACGGUUGCCAGCGUGUCAGUCGCCCCUGGUGCGACGGAGAUGUUCGUUGCUGGGGAUGUAAACGGGUACAAGUGCUCCUAUGACGCAGUGCACCAGUAG